CGAACAGUAUGUGACUGUUAGGUAGUUGACUGUCUUCGUCAGUUUUAGUGCAGUAAAUUGAAAGACUUCGGUGGCAACACAAUAUCCUUCCUGUUUCUAAACAAAUCUAAUCACCACAAUGAAAACUUCAAAAGUGCAGAGGCUACAAUGGAAACCGGAGCUGCAUGGAUAUUCUUCAAUCUUUAUUCGAGAGAUAGUACUUGCACAUAGGAAAUGAACGGCAAGCAUUCUUUAUCUGUCCUGUCUGCUGCAAUGAUCCUCAGCCAUUAUUGCUCUGCCUUCUUUGCUGCAAUGAUCCUCAACAUGAUCAUAUUAUUUGUGGGCUGCCAUUCUGCAAGUGCAUCAGAUACCCUUUUUCCUGGCCAAUCUCUCUCAGGUAGUGAAACCUUAGUAUCAGAAAAUGGUAUUUUUGAGUUGGGCUUUUUCUCCCCAGGUGGUACGAAGCACUACCUGGGUAUAAGAUACAAGAACAUUAUAAGCAACAACCCAGUAAACUUCUGGCUGGGAAACAGAAUUCCCAUCACCAACUUCCUUAAUGCUACGUUAUAUAUCAAUGCAAGCGAACUAUAUAUUGAGGAGCUCGGUUCUGUUCUAUGGACCUCAAACUCAGUGGGAAAUGGAUCGGGCUCGGGCACUGCUGUGGCAGUUCUCCUUAACACUGGAAACUUUGUAGUAAGAGAUCGCCUCAACUCUUCCGUGGUCAGAUGGCAGAGCUUUGAUCACCCGGCUGAUGCAAUGCUCCCAGGAGGAUGGCUUGGAUUGGACUUGGCCAUUGGAUCCAACAUCUUGCUUACCCUACAAAAGCCUCCUUAUAAUUGUACCCUCAUGAUCGACCAAAGUAGGAAGAGGGGAUUCAUCAUGUUCAUUGAUGGGCAUGACUAUCUUGGAACCUUUCCAGAUUGGAUGGUUACCUACAAAGAAAAUGGCAGUUUGCUACAAUUAAAUGAUCCGGAAAUUCCAAAUGAUAUUGAGUUCAUGAAAUUGCAUCUGGGGCAAAUCAGUUUUUUGAGGUGGUUAGAUAAUGCAUCAAUUAGUGGUUGGCAACCUUUGUGGAGCUACCCUUCCAGCUGCAAAGUUAGUGCUUUUCACUGUGGUGCAUUUGGUAUUUGUACAAGCACAGGAACAUGCAAAUGUAUUGAUGGUUUCAGACCAACAGAGCCAAAUGAAUGGGAACUUGGACAUUUUGUUAGUGGCUGCGCUAGAAUUUCCCCCUUAAACUGUCAAGGUGUUGUUUCCACUGACUCGUUUGUUUUGUUAGACAACUUGCAGGGGCUUCCUGACAAUCCUCAGUAUGUGAUGGCAGCAACUAGUGAAGAAUGUCGAGCAGCCUGUCUAAGUGAAUGCUACUGUGCAGCAUACUCCUAUCAUUCUGACUGUAAGAUAUGGUACAACAUGUUGCUGAAUUUGACUUCAUCUGAUAACCCUCCAUACACUAAGAUUUAUAUGCGUAUAGGUCCUCAGAGUAAAAGCAGGUCGAACAUACUGGUUUUCAUACUAACUUUUGGGUUAAUAGCAGUUGCUCUUAUCGUUUUGAUGCUUCUUUUGAUAUACAAGAGAUCCUCGUGUGUUUCAAGACAGACAAAAAUGGAAGGUUUUCUUGCAGUAUAUUCUUAUGCACAACUCAAGAAAGCUACAAGAAACUUCUCUGACAAACUUGGGGAAGGGAGCUUUGGAAGUGUUUUCAAGGGAACAGUUGCAGGUUCAACCAUUGUUGCUGUGAAGAAGCUCAAAGGCCUAGGGCACUCAGAGAAGCAAUUCCAUACGGAGGUACGGACUGUUGGGAUGAUUCGACAUACUAAUCUUGUGCGUCUUUUGGGUUUCUGUAUUGGACGGACAAAAAGGUUGCUGGUCUAUGAGUAUAUGCCAAAUGGUUCUUUGGACUCCCAUCUCUUUUCAGAAAGCUCAAUUGUAUUAAGUUGGAAUCUUCGGUAUCAGAUUGUCAUUGCUAUCGCUAGAGGUUUGGCCUACCUGCACGAUGAAUGUAGGGACUGCAUCAUACAUUGUGACAUUAAGCCUGAAAAUAUAUUGCUAGAUGCAGAAUUAUACCCCAAAAUUGCAGAUUUUGGUAUGGCAAAGCUUCUAGGACGGGAAUUCAGCACUGCACUGACCACUAUCCGAGGAACCAUUGGCUAUCUUGCACCUGAGUGGAUAUCUGGACAGGCUAUUACUCACAAGGCAGAUGUCUAUAGCUUUGGUGUCAUGCUCUUUGAAAUAAUAUCGGGUCGGAGGACUACCGAGAAAAUGAGAUAUGGGAAUCACCGGUAUUUCCCCCUUUAUGCUGCUGCUAAAGUGAACGAAGGAGAUGUUUUAUGCUUGCUUGAUGACAGGCUUGAAGGAAAUGUGAGUGUGGAGGAGUUGGAUGUUGCCUGCAGAGUUGCCUGUUGGUGCAUCCAGGAUGAUGAGAUCCACAGGCCAUCCAUGAGGCAAGUUAUUCACAUGUUGGAAGGCAUUGUCCCCGUUGAAUGUCCUCCAAUCCCGGCAUCCUUUCAAAACCUGAUGGAAGGUUAUGAUAGUGAUAUAUAUUCUGUGGAGGUUUGAUAUCGUAUACCCACCUCUUUCGUUGCUAGUUUUUCUUCCUUUGCUUCCGGACCUUGAUGUUGUCAGUUUAGUCAACACUGAUCUUACUCUGCUGUAUCAUUGUAUUCUCUUUGUUUUAUAUUCGGCUUUGUGACCACCUUUAAUUACUGUAUGAAGUUUGUACAAUUGUUGUGAAUUCUUUUGCACGACGGAUUGUAG